CACGCCCUGGCAGCACGCCUUUUACUUAAACGAUCUGCUGCUAUGGGGUCGACCGAGCAUAAAGUUCUUAUUGGCGUAAUUGGCGGAAGCGGGCUGUAUCACCUCGAUAAUCUGACCCCGGUUGAGACGGUCAAUCCUGAAACGCCAUGGGGAUAUCCUUCCUCUCCCCUCACGAUCGCUCAGCUGCCGUCCGGCGGUAAGAUCGCGUUCUUGGCGCGACAUGGUGUCGGACAUCAGCACUCACCCUCGCAUGUUCCCGUACGUGCCAACAUCGCCGCAUUCAAGUCGUUGGGCGUGCGCGUCAUUCUCGCCUUCUCCGCCGUCGGGUCCCUGCGGGAAGAUAUCCACCCUGGUGACUUUGUCGUCCCUUCGCAGAUCAUCGACCGCACCAAGGGCAUCCGACCAAGCACCUACUUUGACGAGGGUGUCGUGGGUCACGCGAUGUUCGGAAAUCCCUUCGACGACGCAUUGAUCAAAGACCUCGUCCCGCUCGUCAAGGAGGCUCUCGCGCCGCAUGAAGUUGGCAACGGAGCUCAGGUCCAUACAGAGAAGUGCGUUGUUUGCAUGGAAGGGCCGGCAUUCUCCACCCGGGCGGAGAGUAACAUGUACCGCAUGUGGGGUGGGGACAUCAUCAAUAUGAGCGUUCUGCCAGAGGCCAAGUUGGCGAGGGAGGCAGAGAUGAGCUAUGCUCUCAUCGCGACAUCGACGGAUUACGAUGCAUGGCGUGUGUCCGAGCACCCCGUCACUGUUGAAGAAGUCGUCAAGACCCUUCACCAGAACGCAAACGCCUCGCGGCAUGUUGCAGCGCACGUGCUCGAGGCUCUUUAUCCGGAUAUUGAGAGCGGCAAGGUUGGAUCGAGCUUCACUGGAACCAUGCAGUUCGCUUGCAUUACGAAGAAGGAUUAUAUUACUAGAGAGGCCGCGGAAAAGCUUUCCUGGGUUUUGCCGUACUUUAGCUAAUGCCAUAGAGGUCGUGCGAGAGGAACCUGGUUUUUAUCAGCUGUAAUAGAAGACAGAAAGCCUGAAUAAAUUUGACAUCAGCGACUUGGCAUAAUCUAGGGGGAUCAUAGGCGCUCGUUCCUCAGUCUGGUCUGCGGGUAGAUGGUUCUCUGUGGUCUGCGUGGAGGAUUUUGGAUGGUAGCGGGCGCCACGUAUAGGGAAAGAUCAAAGCUCCGAUGGCGCAUUUCGUGUGCGAGCAGAAUCGCAGGAUUAACGCGCAGAGCUAUGAACGCUUCCUCACAUCUCGUCAAAGAACGUCAGCCGAGACGUGGGACCGGCAUGCCAAUCUUGUAUGCGUCGCUCUGCAAGCAGACUCAUCGUGCUUUGGUCCGUGCCGAGCAGGGCGGCACCUUGGGAUAGAAGGACAGCAUCGAUAAACAGUUCAUACCAUAGCCCGUGCUUCCUCGAAGUCUCCGUCUCCGUGUGAUUGAUAUAGGUGUAACCCAUCUCUGAUAUACUUCUCCACCAGCCAGGAUCCCGCUCGUCGCUCAUUACGAGGACUCGAUCUGUCUGGACUCCCCUAUUGGACAGGACAGUUCGCAGUUCUUGGACCCGUCGGCUUAGCUGGCGAACUGAGGGAAGACAGC